AGGUCGAGUCAGUUUCACCAAAUAACUGCAACGCUCCACACGUUCCGUGCGCAACGAUUUUUGGAUGAUUGUGUGCCUAAAAACCUGCUGCAGAUUUAUCAAAAUACCAGGCAUUGCCAUAUCAACGAGCGGUGGAGAGAGGUUAAAAAGAGUGAGAGAACGAGAGCGAGAUCGGAAGCGUGUGAGAGACCGAUAGCUGUUGUUGUCGUUGUGCGAUUGUUAUUGUUGUUGUUGUUAUUGUUGGGUGGCGUGAGCGAGCGUCUGGAGCAAAUGUCUGACGAUGAUGGCAGUCAGUACGGUGGAAGUGGCAGCAGUUCCCAGCGUAUACGAAAUGUCCUGACCCUGGAGGAGCGUGUGGAGGCCAUACGACAAUAUGAUAUUGUACCCAUGUACAGUAAAAUUGCCAAGAAUUUCAACUGCAGCUGGGAGCAGAUCAAGAGCAUCGUUUCCAAUCGAGUCCCGAUAUUGGAAUUUUAUGAGGCAACGCGGCACAACAACAAACAACCCAAUUCCAAGUUCGAGGAGCUGCGCAGACGCAAGCUAAACUUUCUGGGACAUUGUCUCUAUGAGUAUAUCCAGCGUGCUCAGUAUUAUCUACAUUCCGAUAUCAAUGAGGAGCUGAUACGCACCAAGGCAUUGGAGUUUCAAUCCCUCAUGGGCAUUGAAAACUUUAUACCCAAUAAGUCCUGGAUCAAUCACUUUAAGGCUGCCUACAACAUAACACUCUCGAAUCGCCAGAUUAUGAUAACGCGUAAGCCUCCCCGCUCCCUGGAUCUGCGUGACAUCAUGUCCUACUGUGGCAGGAACACUUCCACAUCAGACAGCAGUCCAAAGCCAGCAGAGACGCCUUCUACAGCUCCACAGGCAGCUGUGACUCCCAGCUCUGUGAUAGCCAAGCCUGCAGCAACUGCUGAACGGAUGUUAUUGCUGUCACCUCGGAAACCCGUGGAUAUACGUUCGUUAUAUCGCACCAAGACAUUGGUGACUGCCUCCAGUCAGAACCAGGCCACCUUGGAUGAGAUGCAGCUGCGACGCAAGCGGAAAAUCAGUUUCCUGGAGAAAGCGCUUUACGAAUACAUUUCACGAUCGCAGUUUCACCACAAGAACAAGGGUCGUCUCGAUGUGGAUCAUCUGCGCGAGGUGGCUAUCAGUCUGCGUGAUAUACUCAAGAUCGAGAACUUCUUUCCGGAUCGAAUGUGGUUUAAUCACUUCAAGAGCCACUACAACUUUAGCUUCACAGAGGGAGUGCCUCUCACUGGACGCCGUGUGCCGCUUUCUCUGGAUCUGCGCGACAUCGUCAGCUACUGUGGACGACAUGAGCAGCGGGAGCAGCCAUUGGGCAGCAUUACAUUGACGCCCAAGGAGACGGAACCCGGUCGAUUGGUGCAUCUGCCAAUUGUUGAACAUAAUUCGGAGACGCGCAGCAAAGCAGUUGAUGAAGAUGAUGAUUGUGUGGCCAUUGAAGUACCCACUGAGCUCAUUGAGAUCAAAGAUGAUGACGAGGAUCCAGAAAAACCUUGUGACGUUAAUAAGCGCAACGAUCUCAAGCGUCAUCUAGCAACAACUGCUUCUUCCCCCUUUCCCCUUAAGAUAAAGAAGAUUGAAUCACUUAACACAAGAGCACAGAGUCCGGGACAUUAUUCCGAGUCUAGCAACGAUGCAGAGUUGCCACGGUGCGUGCAGAACUAUGACGAUGCACUGCGUCUGCUGAAACCACUCGAGGAAUUUGCUUUGCUCGAGGAAAACUAUCGUGCUAUUGGACUGCUCACUCAACUGGAGAAAAUCUUCGAAAGCGGUGCCAAAUCUGCACAUAAUGUUAACUCUUCCAAAUAGAGCUGCCAAUAGGAUGGGGAGGGUAAAUAAACUGAUCCCGAUCCCCUUAGCCUUAAACUAACAAUUGACCAAAAAUUAAUAAUUAGUAAUAGCCUGGCUUAUUGGAUAAGUGGAUAAAAUUACAACAAAGGUUGCUUAAGUAAUCUUAGACACAUAAGACACAUAUCAUGUAUUAGAUAUAUGUUAUUAUUGAAAUGAAGAUUAAGUCCUGUAUAUGAAUAUUAAUAUGAAAUAUAAUAUGUUGACCUUGAAUUGUAGAUUUACUUAUAUAGAAAAUAUAUAAUACACAUAC